GGAGGUGCUGCGGGUGGGCUCCUCCAGGCCCUGGCAGGAGGUGCUCCAGGACCUGACUGGCUCCAACACCCUGGACGCCCGGCCACUGCUCGACUACUUCCAGCCAGUCAGCCAGUGGCUGCAGGAGCAGAACCAGCGCCACGGCGAGGUCCUGGGCUGGCCGGAGUACCAGUGGCGCCCGCCACUGCCCGAUGGCUAUCCGGAGGGCAUUGACCUGGUGACGGACGAGGCAGAGGCCGGCGCGUUCGUGGAGGAGUAUGACCGUGUGUACCAGGUGGUACUGAACGAGUACGUGGAGGCCAGCUGGAACCACAACACCAACAUCACCUCCGAGACCAGCAGGAUUCUGCUGCAGAAGCACAUGCAGAUGGCCAACCACUCCCUGAAGUACGGCCUCCGGGCCAGGAGGUUUGACGUGACCCACUUCCAGAACACCACCACCAAGCGGAUCAUGCGAAAGGUGCAGGACCUGGAGCACGCGGCGCUGGCGCCCGAGGAGCUGGAAGAG